GAAAUUCAAAUCAAAACAAGUAUUCUAUCGAAAAUGAAGUUCUUCGUCGUAUUCGCUCUGGCUAUAGCCAGUGUCAGUGCAGCCAAUUUGGAUGCCAUUGCACAACCAGCCUUUGCAUCGGGACGCAUCAUCAAUGGCUACGAGGCUCAGAAGGGUGAAGCGCCAUACAUCGUCUCACUGAAGUCCGGUUCGCAUUUCUGUGCCGGUUCGAUCAUCAACGAGAAUUGGGUACUCACCGCUGCGCACUGUCUCAUCUACAACAGUUUCGAUGUGGUCGCCGGUCUGCACUCGCGCAAUGACGAAUCUGAAGUACAGAUCCGCAAGGUCACCAGCAAAUCGCAGUAUAUCGUACAUGAAGGUUAUGGCGGUGGUGUCGGACCCAAUGAUAUUGGUCUCAUCAAUAUCCCCGAUGGCUUCGAUUUGAAUGCACUCUCACGUGACGGUGUAGCUCCAGUAGGCAAAGUGUCCUUGCCAUCUGGCAAAUACGAGAGCACUGGUAACGGCAGACUUUUCGGUUGGGGACGUGACAACUCUGGUGCUUUGCCAAAUGUGCUACAAACUUUGGAGGCUAACAUUAUCGGCUACUCAGAAUGCAAAGCUGCUCUACCCUUCUUGGCACCCAUUAAGGAUGUGAACAUCUGCUCCUAUACUGCUGGCACCACCGAUGGUGCUUGCAAUGGUGAUUCUGGUGGCCCAUUGGUGCGUUACACUUCCGAUGGAGUUGAGCAGGUCGGUAUUGUGUCAUGGGGUUACACUCCUUGUGCCACCACCAAAUACCCUUCGGUCUACACUAGCGUUGGCGCUUACCAGAAGUGGAUAAACGAGAAGAUCAGCGCCUAAAUUUUGCUAAUUUUUGAAUAAAUGACGAACAUACAGUAUAAGAAA